GGGGUGGGGUCCUCAUCCGCACAAACAUGGCGCCGGUGGGUGCGAAAGAGAUCAUGCUGGCCGUCGCCAUGGCUGCGACAAUGUCGCUUGCUCUUGCUUCCCCACUUGAAUCUCCCACUACCGGCCCAUCCCAUGCCAUCUCCCAACCUCUCGUCUCCUCUCACGCCUCCUCGUCGCCUCGUAUGCCUCUUGCCUUUGGUAUGUCCGGCAUGUCCCCAUUGCUGCGAAAGGCUGGCAGUUCUAUGCCCUCGGUUCGCCUACUUCGAGCUGCUCCUGUCGUCAGCAGGAGCUCGUUGACGAUGGUCAGCGGGAGUGGAGGAGCUGUGCUGGAGAAGAAGCCAGAAGUCAUCGUCGCUCCACAGGGUACUCCUGAGCAGACCCCCGGCAAGCCUUACCACGUCUUGUUGUUCAAUGAUCCCGUCAACACCAAGGAGUAUGUCUGUCAAGUGCUGUGCGAAGUGUUCGGGCAUUCUAAGUCGAAGGCUUACAACAUCAUGCAGACAGCUCAUUCGACUGGAUUUGCUGUCUGCAACACAACAGACAAAGAGGAGGCAGAUUUGCAGUGCGCAAAGUUAGGAGAGAAGCAGCUGAUGUCUCGUGUUGUAGAGGCAGACUGACAACUUGAUCCUAAGAUGCCAGAGUGUGGUGAUGUACAACAAAGUCAUCUCAAAACUUCUUGAGCUUCGGUU